UUCAUCACUCACAGCAACUAUCUCUUUCCUUUGAUCACUGCUAACAGGCAAUCAGAAAGAACCACUUGGGCAUAGAAUGAGUAUGGGAGACCAAAAGCAAAUGCAGAAACAAGUAAGUGGGAGUCCUAUCAGAUCAACUAGAUUGUGCUUACCAGAUCCUGCUACCCAGUACCAACUUCAAUCUUCUUGGGGGAAUUCUGCUACAUUCAAACGAAGUAAGGUGCAUUUGGUGCUCAAAAGGAUGAACAAGUUAGGAAAGAAAGCUGAUAGUUUUGCAAAUGGGGUCCGAGAACAUGUGAGACUGGGGCCAAAGAUCACUGAAACUGUGAAAGGGAAGUUGAGUUUAGGGGCUAGAAUUCUUCAAGUUGGUGGGGUGAAGAAAGUUUUCAAGCAAUUGUUUAGUGCUAGAGAAGGGGAGAGAUUGUUGAAGGCUUGCCAAUGCUAUUUGUCAACAACGGCAGGUCCCAUAGCAGGCCUACUUUUCAUCUCCACAGAGAAAGUUGCCUUCUGCAGUGAGAGAUCAAUUAAGAUGCCUUCGCCAAAUGGAGAAUUGCUUAGAGCUCGUUAUAAGGUUAUCAUUCCAAUUGUGAAAAUAAAGAGAGUAAACCAGAGUGAAAACAUCGAGAAAUCAUCACAGAAGUACAUGGAAAUAGUUACAGUUGAUGAUUUUGAUUUCUGGUUUAUGGGAUUUCUGAACUAUCAGAAGGCUUUCAAUUGUAUUCAGCAAGCAAUCUCCUACAGAUUCGAUGAUGGACAAGCCACUUGCUAGGUGACUUAAAUUAGAAGAUGUUUGUAAUUCUCCUCUUGUUUCAGAAUAUAGGCAUGAAGUGACGAGGAAAUCCAACACAAGUAGAAAUGUAAAAACUUCUUGUUGAUGGAAAUAUAUGCUUCUCGGCUUUGAUAUCUUAAACCCUUGUUCCCUAUCUACAGAUAUAGAUUUGGAUGCUCCUAAAAUAUUCAACUUUUCAUCCUUAAUUACUUCAAUCAAAAGUUAAAUAGCUA